AUGAGAAGAGAGAAUGUAAUGAAACGACAUCACAGCGAUGUUGCAAGACAAGUUCAUUUCGUGAGGCGCCCUAAAGUUAUUCCUGUUCUUCCUAUUCGAUCGGACGAUAUGAGCAUCUCAAGUUCUGGAGAUGACACUAUCAUUUCAAUGAUAUCUGAUGGCGAUGACAGCAGCCAGAUCACGGAAUGUCACUCAAACUUGUCACCUAACCCGAUGCCGCCUGCAGGACUGUCGUCGUCUACAACACAGGUUCUCACACGAAUCCGUAACUCUCACCAGAGAACUCUGCAAAGGGAAAUGACUUGGACGGAUUCUGACAGGUGGAGUCAAGAGGAGCGAAUAGUGUCACCAAUACCCACGGCAUCUCCAUCAAACGAAAGGAGACCUCGAAAUCCACGUCGGUCGCGACGAUCAUUUCGAAGCUACUCCCCGAGCGAUUCCGGGGCUCUUAAAGGCCACUCCAGUUUCCCUUCAUCGGUGUCGCCUUCCACUUUCGACAGUGCUUCUAGUCCUAGAGCUGUGACUUUGAUGUCAUCGCCACCAAGAUAUGGUCGAGUCCGAAAGGCUACAAAGGGAUCCAGUCGUAGAUCGUCCAGUCCAGUUUCCAACUCAAACAGCUGGUAUGGCAAUGCCGGCCGAAGUGAACAACCAAACAGACCGCUUAGAAGACGACUUCGAACCGAGACAAGCAGAAUCCUUUCGCCAGGCGUUACUACCUGUUCCGAGGAUAGGGUUCCAUUUCAAAUGUCACCACGCAGUGCCCAAAGUGUUCAACAAAGAUCUGCACCCAAUCUAGCCAAUUUAAAUGCUAGCUAUGAUGCAACCGAGAAUGACGGGAACACCAGUCUUAUUCAUAUGGACCAUAUCGAAAAUGGCCAACAUCUCGACCCAUUUAUAGGACAAAAACUCCAUCGCCGAAGUAUUUUUUCUCGGAGCCUUUCUUCCAAACCAGCGCGAAGCUUACGGGAUCCUAAGAAAAGUAGGUCUCCUUCCUCGUCGCCAAUGUCAAGCUCGCAAAAGCGAGCAUCAUCCAAGGGUCAAGGUCCAAACAAACAAAUUAUCUUGCAAUUAGCCCAGGCAAAAUGGAACUGGAAUGGGUAA